AUGCUGGCAUCUUCUUCUCUUACGGCCGAAAAUGUGGCCCAUUAUCUUCCAUUGUCGGGUCAAUUACCCGAUAUUCAGGGACGUAUCAUUAAUGUAACCCAUCAAAUUCCAUACAAUAUCUUGCGCACACAAAAUCAUCAGAAAAAGUUUGCCAGUCAUGAUCAAAUACCAACCCCACCAAGAUCUCCUCAUCAUUCUACUACCACAAACAAGCCUGAAUUGGUUCCUUCCAGUCUGAAUACAGCAGAAGAAAGACCUGUCGCUGAUCCCGUUGCAGCCGCUCCAAUCUCUAAACUAGCACGUCAUCAUAAACGAGGCGUUACGCUCCGCAUGAAGUUUCAUGCAGCUGACUGGACCGUAGUUGAAAGAAGAGGUCAUCAAGCUCUGUACGCGGGUAUUCAAAGUCUUGCCAAGUCCAAUGAAACAAUUCAUAUCGGCUGGACCGGUCCUAUUCGUGAACAAGGUACUCGGAACAAGGUUGCUCCUUCUAAUUUGGCAAUAGAAGACAAGGUUAAAUUACAGUCUCUUCUAUGGGAAACUGGACAUAUUGUUCCCGUCUUUCUAGACAAAAAAUCGCAUGGACAUUACGAGGGUUAUUGUAAACAAGUGCUUUGGCCUGUAUUUCAUUACUUGGUUCAGAGCUCCUCCAGUGAUAGUCGUGCUGAAAAACGUCAUUGGGAUGAUUACGUUGCUGUGAACCGUCAAUUCGCUGAUACUGUCAUUGAUAGAUAUCAGCCCAAUGACAUUAUCUUUGUCAAUGACUACCAUUUAUUACUGGUACCUGAAAUGAUCCGUGAGAAACUACCUGAUGCAGCCAUCGGUAUCUUUAUUCAUGCAACUUUUCCUAGUUCUGAAAUCUUUCGAUGUUUACAAACUCGGAAUAAAAUUCUUCAGGGCAUGUUGGGAGCUAAUUUAAUUGGGUUUCAGACUUAUUCGUAUGCAAGACAUUUUAUCUCUUCUUGUACACGUGUACUUGGCUGUGAAACAACUCAGGUUGGGGUAAGCUAUAAUGGAACAACCAUCUCUGUAGGAGCUUUCCCUAUCGGUGUUGAUUGUAAUCGAGUCGAGCAAUUCUGUAAACAACUUGGCGUACAACCUAAAAUGGAUGCCAUCCGUGACAUGUAUUCUGGUAAAAAAAUCAUUGUUGGUCGUGAUAAGUUAGAUAGCACCAAAGGUAUCCUACAAAAAUUACAUGCCUUUGAGGGAUUUUUAAGAGAUUAUCCCGAAUGGCAAAACAAAGUUGUCUUGAUUCAGGUCGCCACUCCCACUUUUGGUGACCACUCAAAAUUAGAGGCCAAGAUAUCAGAAGCUGUAAGCCAUAUUAAUGGCACAUACGGAUCUUUGGAAUUCACGCCUGUUCAUUACUAUCAUCAAGAAAUUGAUCGGGAUGAGUAUUACGCCUUGUUAUCAGUGGCUGACUUGGCUUUGAUCACCUGUAGCCGUGAUGGUAUGAACACCACUUCGUAUGAAUAUAUCCUUUGUCAACACAAUAAACCUGAUCAUGGUCAACUUAUCCUAUCCGAGUUUGCUGGUACAGCAGGUUCCUUGAGUGCCUCUAUCUUGGUCAAUCCAUGGGACUAUGCUGGUGUUGCAAGAAGUAUACAUGAGGCUUUGACCAUGUCUAUUGAGGAGAAGAUCACACGUCAUGAGAAACUUUAUAGUCACGUCACUAGUCAUACAGCUGAAUUCUGGGCCCAUUCAUUUGUUAAACAAUUAGUCAGUGUUAGCGAACAACAAGACCUUCAAUCACAUGCUACCCCCAACUUGAAUGUUGAAAAACUCGUUCAAGAUUACAAGUCUGCUAAAAAGAGAAUCAUGUUCUUUGAUUACGAUGGAACAUUAACUCCUAUUGUAUCCGUACCCUCUGAUGCAAAACCGGGACAGGACAUGUUAAAGUCGUUACAAACUCUUUGUAAUGACCCUAAGAAUAUUGUGUGGGUGGUAUCUGGUAGAGACCAAGUCGUACUCGAUGAAUGGUUGGGUAGUAAUAUAAAGAACAUCGGGCUUAGUGCAGAGCAUGGUUGCUAUGUCAAGGCUCCAGGGUCUGAUGAAUGGAGAAGUGUUGUAGAUGGUAUCGAUAUGAGUUGGAAAACAGAUGUGGUAGAAAUAUUUGAUUAUUACACCGAAAGAACUCAGGGAAGCUUUGUCGAACACAAAAAGUCUUCGAUUACAUGGCAUUAUAGACUAGCCGACGCAGAAUACGGUGCUUUCCAAGCAAAGGAGUGUCAAAACCAUUUGGAAAAUGCCAUUGUAUCCAAAUUCCCUGUUGAAAUCUUGGUCGGUAAAAAGAACCUGGAAAUCAGACCCAUGUCUGUCAAUAAAGGUGAGAUCGUGAAACGUAUUUUAGCGAGCAAUCCAGAUACAAACCUGGUCAUCAGUGCUGGAGAUGAUAAAACAGAUGAAGACAUGUUCCGUGCGUUGAGUUCGGCACAAUAUCAACAAAAACAACAGGCAUCCCCCCCAGCAUCGAUCAAGGGUGGUAUAGUGGGUACACCUUCACCGUCUAUUAUUUGGCCCGAAGCAAACUCGAAUCUUUAUUCGAUUACUGACAUUGCAACAACCUUAUAUCCCUUCAUUUAUACCAACCUUAAUAACUGGCCAUGUGUGCGAUUACUCAAUGCAACAGGAACUAUCGGCUGCAAUGCUUUUAAAAAAAAGACUGGUAUACUAUACCGAACAAGUACGCAACCAGAAUUAGAACAAUUGAUGACGGACGGAUUAGCAAGCGACAUUUCACUCAUUAUUCCAUAUAGUCUAUUAACACGCUCUAACAUCUACUCGUUGUCAGCCACUGGAAAAUUAACAGGCCUUAUCGUAAUCUUGGGUAAUGUUACCAACGACAAUCAACUUUCCUCGCCCGAGUCAUCGUGUCCCAAUUGUCAAUUUGGACUCUAUGCCAACGAUAAAGAUCAAUAUCAAUGGAAUGCCCAGGCACAGAAUUUAAUUGAAGAAAGCUUUGAAUUCCCUAUUUUUGCUAUCAGACCAGAAGAUACUUUGUCACGAUCAGUCUACGAUUCUGUUAUAGCGAGUGUAUCCUAUAACGAACAAAAAGAAUACAGAAACUAUCCAUUGAAAGCAAUGGAUUUUGAUUUGCUUAUGUGGGCUGCUAUUGAUUCAGAAACGUGUCUACGAAGAGGUUGGUAUAAUAAGCCCGUCAUUGUUGUAUCCGCAAAUAUAGAUGGUAGAUCCAUGUUCCAUGAUUUGACUGUGAGUGCGUCCAAAGAUGUUUCUGGAAUGGUAACAGUAUUAGCCAUUGCGGAUGCCUUAAGUAGAGCUCCAAAGGCGUUAGAUACAUUGCCCAAGCAUAUUGUCUACACAUUAUUUACAGCGGAAUCAUGGGGUUUUGCAGGCUCCCAACGAUUUGUCAACGAUAUUUCCUCUGAAUUUGAAUGCACAAACGCAACAAGAGCCACUACAUGUCCUUUUAUAAACGCACCGUGUACAUUUCCCUGUGUCCGUGAUUUAAACUUCAAGCGAAUUAAUUUUGAAAAAAUAGAGUCUGUGUUCGAUUUCCAGUCUGUAUCUGGCAUUAAUGGUAAUUACACUGGUGGAUAUUUUGCUCACGUAGACAAUGCGCAACAAAAUCAAGGAUUGUUGAAAGCACUUGGGCCUUACACAAAUAUUAAACAAGCAUCCUCGGAUGGUGUAAAUCGCAAACUGCCACCGAGUAGUGUCAUGAGUUUCUUGCAAAAGAGAAGGGAUAUUAACGCAGUGGUAAUUACAGAUUAUCAAAAAAGUCUAGGAAGGUGA